AUGGAGGGAUUGCAUGAAAAGAGAAAGAAGGGUAGUAUAUUAAAGAAGACAUGGGAAAGAUGCAAGUCAUUUAGCCAUGGUCAAACACAAAAGGGUGUUACUCAAACUAGUCCCCUUACAAUAACACCAUCACCAAACCAUCCAAUGGUGAAGAGCAAGUCAUGGUCAAAUUUUUUCCCCACAACUCCACUUAGCCCGCGAGUUGAAAAAUGGGUCGGAUCCAAAACCAACUUGAGGGCAAUACCUAUGUCACCUAAGGGUUGUUUAUCGGUUUAUGUAGGACCCGAUAAACAAAGAUUUGUGCUCAAAAUUGAAUAUACAAAUCAUCCGCUUUUUAGGAUGUUGCUUGAAGAAGCUGAAUUAGAAUAUGGGUUUCAUAGCGAGGGUCCAUUGUUACUCCCGUGUGAAGUUGACACGUUCAUUAAGAUUUUAUAUGAAAUGGAUCCAAGUGAUGAAUAUGAUGAUCAAAUGAACACCAACACUUCACGGUGUCGGUUCCCAAGAAAUCGUAGCUCGUACCGUCUCCUCAACCCAUCAAGAAGAUUGGUCGCUUGA